AUGAUGACGCUCCUGACACUGCUCGCCAUCGUGCUCCUCAUCGUGAUCCCCUUCUAUAUCAUCUACAAGCCGCCGCGGCUGCUGAUCCGCUACUUCCGCCACCGGUGGCCCGACGUGCUGUGGGAGGUGGACACGCGCCAGAAGAUUGUGGGCUUGACCAUCGACGACGCGCCCUCGGAGAACACGGAGCAGAUCCUCGGCGUGCUCAAGGCUUACGACGCGACGGCGACGUUCUUUGUCAUCGGUGGCCAGGUUUCGGGUAGAGAGGAGAUACUGGCCGAUAUUGUGCGCAGCGGCAAUGAGCUUGGCAACCAUGCCAUGCACGAUGAGCCGAGCCGCGCGCUGAGCGACGAUGAAUUGACGGCGCAGAUGGAGAAUGUGCGAGACAAGAUCCGCGUCGCGUACCACACGGCCGAGCGUGAGUUACCGGCGCAGUACUUUCGUCCCGGCUCGGGCUUCUUCAGCGACCGAAUGAGGAGGUUGAUUGAUAAAUUGGGAUACCGGAUGGUGCUGGGCAGUAUAUACCCGCACGAUCCCCAGAUACCCUACGCCUGGCUGAAUGCGAGGCACAUCCUGAGCAUGGUGCGUCCGGGGGGCAUCAUCAUAUGUCACGAUCGGCGGAGCUGGACGGCGCCUAUGCUGAGGAAGGUGUUGAAGGAACUGAAAAACCGGGGGUACAAGGUGGUCAGUGUGUCGGAGUUGCUCGAGGCAACCACUGGUUGA